GCCAGACCCUCUGACCACGACCAACACCACGAUAUAAAGCUGGACCGGAGCAUGUCCGACACAGGAUCGAAUACGGGAGGAGGGAAUGGAGCGUACGACGAUAUAGAUCGUGAACAGGACCGGUUCCUUCCCAUUGCCAAUGUCGCCAGACUCAUGAAAAGAGGCCUCCCAAAUAACGCUAAAAUUGCAAAAGAUGCCAAAGAGUGUGUUCAAGAGUGUGUGUCAGAGUUCAUUUCGUUUAUCACCUCUGAAGCGAGUGAUCGGUGUCAACAAGAGAAACGGAAAACUAUAAACGGCGAAGAUAUUUUGUGGGCGAUGCAAUCACUGGGAUUUGAAAACUACUGUGAAACAUUAAAAGUUUAUCUGCACAAAUAUCGGGAAGCAACAAAACUCGAGCGCGCUGCGUCAAUACCGAAAGAGGAUUUGGGGAUCAACGGUUUGUCGGACUCUCCCACUGAUGAGGCUGCAGCAAACCAGGCAGCGAUGAACCAGGCAGCGCUCAACUCUGCAGCGGUUGCUUACGCCUUGGCACUGCAACAUCAUCAGCAAACAGCACAGCAACUACGGCAGCAGCAACAAGCAAGUCAUGCAGCGGUUCAACAGCAAGCUACACUACAACAGCUCCAACAGCAGCUACAACAUCAGCAAGCGACGGCAGGUCAGCAAGGGCAGCAAGGCACACUACCUUCCAUCACACCACAGCAAUUGCAAGCGCUCGCUGCCCAUUACGCCGCACAGCAAGCCCAAUUUACUACAUAGUUGGAAUUUAACGAUAGUUCUAGUCACUUUUUGGCCAUUUUAGAGCAUGAGCAUUUUAUUUUUGUUACCGGCUGUAUCCGCACUUGGUUGUAUGGAGGGUACUUUUCUUGUAUGUAUGUUUUUAUGUUAUGGGUUGGAAUGAAGAAUAGCACGGAAAUGGCGGCGAUGAGGGGAAUCGUAGGUGCCGAAGUCCCAGUUAAAUGCUACAUGUUAAUUGGUCUUUGAGUGCACAAGGUAAUUGCUGGUUGCUUAUGCACCAAAACCAGUAUGAAGAGGAUCCAGAAUACGAAUAU